UAAUCAUGAGAAAUGAGUCAAAUUAUAAACUGUACCGAACUCAAAUAUCUGAAACACAACACUGCUUGAGUUCAGUUGUCAAAAAUGGCAACAAAAAUCUUCACCACAACACUCAUUUCCCUUAUCAUCAUAAUCUCUUCUUCACAUCAACUUUUAGCAUUGAAUCACACUCCAAAAUUCUUUCGUAAAUUUCCAUUUCCAUCUUCAGCCAAAUCCUCUCAGUCACAGCCACAAUUAGAUAUCCACUAUGAAACCAAAUUCUUCCAACAACGACUCAACCACUUCAGCUUUUUCAAAACCCCUAUGUUCCCUCAACGCUACCUUAUCAACACAGAAAACUGGGUUGUUGGAUCGGGUCCCAUUUUCCUCUACUGUGGUAAUGAAGGUGACAUUGUUUGGUUUGCUCAAAACACUGGUUUUAUUUGGGAAAUCGCUCCUAAGUUCGGAGCUAUGGUUGUUUUUCCUGAACAUCGAUAUUAUGGUGAGUCUGUGCCUUUUGGAAGUAAAGAAGAAGCGUAUAAGAAUGCUUCCACGUUAGGGUAUCUUAAUGCUCAGCAAGCUCUCUUUGAUUUUGCUGUUCUUGUUACUGACUUGAAGCGAAACUAUUCUGCCAAUGCUUGUCCUGUUGUCUUGUUUGGAGGAUCCUAUGGUGGAAUGUUAGCAGCAUGGAUGAGACUUAAGUAUCCUCAUAUUGCUAUUGGGGCACUAGCAUCUUCAGCUCCAAUUCUUCAGUUUGAAGACAUUGUGCCACCAGAAACUUUCUAUGACAUUGUUUCCAAUGGUUUUAAGCGUGAAAGUUCAUCUUGCUUUAACUAUAUAAAGCAGUCAUGGGAUGUCAUAGAAUCGAAGGGUCAAACAAGUGAUGGCCUUGAACUUCUAACCAAGACAUUCAGAUUUUGUCAGAAAUUAAAAAGCACUGAAGAUCUACGGGACUGGUUGGAGUCUGCAUAUAGUUAUUUGGCAAUGGUUAACUACCCAUACCCUUCUGAGUUCUUGAUGCCUUUGCCUGGACACCCUAUCAAGGAGGUUUGCAGAAGGAUAGAUAAAGGCCCUGCUGGGACUAGUAUUCUGGAGCGCAUAUUCGAGGGGGUGAAUGUCAACUACAAUUAUAAAGGCCCUGCUGGGACUAGUAUUCUGGAGCGCAUAUACGAGGGGGUGAAUGUCUACUACAAUUAUACUGGAGAAGCUAAAUGUUUUGAACUGGAUGAUGAUCCUCAUGGUCUGAGUGGUUGGAACUUCCAGGCAUGCACUGAAAUGGUUAUGCCGAUGUCUAGCAGCCGAAAGUCCAGCAUGUUUCCACCAUAUGAGUAUAAUUACUCUUCUUUCCAAGAGGAUUGCCUCAAGAAUUUCGGAGUGAAGCCAAGGCCAAAACAGAUUACUACAGUAUUUGGAGGGCAUAAUAUCCAUCUCGCGUUGAGGAAAUUUGGAAGCAACAUAAUUUUCUCAAAUGGCCUACUGGAUCCAUGGAGUGGUGGCAGUGUUUUGCAGAAUAUUUCAGAAAGUAUUGUUUCUCUGGUCACUGAAGAAGGUGCACACCAUAUAGAUUUACGUGCUUCAACAGAAAAUGAUCCUGAUUGGUUGGUAGAGCAAAGGGCCACUGAGGUCAAGCUAAUACAAGGAUGGAUCAGUGACUAUUACCAGAACUAUAAAGUUGUGUUUGAUAUGUAAUAUAAACUUAUUUAGUCUGAACAAUUAUUAUGAAGUUAAAAUCUUACUCUGUUUCUCUUAUUAACUGUUCUAAGGUGUAUCCCACCCUCCCUAGUCUGAACAAUACUUGCAGGGAACGUAGCAAAUGCUGAUGUUUUGUGUGUGUAUAUA